GCGGCCAUGGCCGCACCACUUUUUGUAGCCUCGCCUAGCCAGACCCUUCUCUGCGCGAGCGAAAGAGAGAGAAGAGGAAAAACAAACACAUAUAAGGAGGCAUUCAAUUUGAAACCAGACUGACAGACAUUCACACACACGUACACGCACACACACACACACACACACACACACACACACACACACACACACACACACACACACACACACACACACACACACACAGGUAGACAUACAGAGGGCCUGGGUACGAGGCUACCCUCUUCUUGGCCUCAGAUAACGCGCGUUAUUGACAAUGGCGAAAGCUCCUCAUCCGGCUUCUUUCUUUCUCCGCCAAUGUCCUGUUAUUGGAAAGAAAAACCAUACAAGAUCAACGCCUUCUUUAAGUGAGUCACCUCACCAGCCUACUGCCAUUCAGUUUCCAAAGCGCCAAUUUGGGAAGAAAAGCGUCGUGUACAGGCCAUUUCAGCCGGCAUGGUUUUUGAGGUAACUAGUUGAGAAACAUAUUGUUAAGUUAAUUAAGCUGUAUAGUGUAGUGUACCACGCCUUUCUUCCUUUCAACUUUUGUCAGUAAUAACUGAUUAGCUAACGGUUUCAGGUGGCAGUGGCUUCACUACGUGGAAGGUGAGGACAAAGUAUACUGUCAUACGUGCGUAAAGGCGUACAAGGAAAAGAAGCUUGUGGCACCCAACUUGGAGUGGUCUUUUAUAUCUCAUGGUUAUACUAAUUGGAAAGACGCCACAGUUAACUUUGCCAAACAUGAGCAGUCUACCUGUCAUGAAGAUGCAGCACUAAAGAUACUGUCUGCUGGCAAGACAAUACCCGAUGUGGGUGAAAGUUUGUCAUCACAGCAUGCCGUGGAGAAAGAAGAACGGCGAGUUUGUUUAUUAAAAAUCAUACAGAAUAUACGUUUUCUUUCACGUCAAGGCUUGGCCUUGCGAGGUGAUGGCAAUGAAGAUGAUUCCAAUUUUUCCCAGCUUCUAAGACUCCGUGCAGUUGAUAGUGAAAGUCUUUCUACGUGGCUGACUAGAAAGACUGACAAGUACACAUCUCCUGAAAUACAAAACGAGCUGCUGAAGCUAAUGGCAUUGAAAGUUUUAGAGAAAGUUGCUGACAAACUUCACAGUGCCAAGUUUUUCACUAUCAUGGCUGACGAAACAACUGACUCCUCUAAUAGAGAGCAGGUAGUUAUUUGCUUACGCUGGGUGGAUCAGUGGUUUGCUGCACAUGAGGAGUUCAUUGGACUGCAUGUGGUAGAUACUGUUGAUGCUAAGACAAUAGUCCAUGUCGUUAGAGAUGUUUUACUUAGACUGAAUUUAUCUCUGAACAAAGCCAGAGGACAAUGCUAUGACGGAGCAGGAGCUAUGGCUGGUAGGAGACAGGGCGUGGCAAAGCAGAUUUCUCAAGAAGAACCUAGAGCAAUUUACACUCACUGUUAUGGUCACGCUUUGAACUUAGCUUGUUCUGAUACGGUGAAGCGCUGUGACUGCAUGCACAAUUCUUUGACCACUGCAUAUGAAAUCAUGAAAUUGAUAAAAAAGUCACCGAAGAGAGAUGCUUGUUUACGGCAACUGAAGGACGUCCAUUCACCAGACACCCCUGGGCUCAGGGUGCUAUGUCCAACUAGGUGGACAGUAAAGGCAAAGUCUCUACAAAGCAUUGUAGACAACUACUCAGCAAUUCAGGAACUCUGGGAAGAAUCACUGGGUGACGUCAAAGAGACGGAAAUGAGAGGACGAAUUUUGGGAGUCUCAGCCCAGAUGAAGACGUUUUCUUUUCUCUUUGGAGUUAUGCUGGGAAGAUUGCUGUUUAGUCAUAGUGACAACCUCAGUAGAACUCUUCAACAUACAAACUUUUCAGCUGCCCAAGGACAAGCAGUUGCAUCAAUGACAGUCAGGACUUUGGAAUCUAUGAGAGAAGAUAGUGGAUUUGAGGCAUUUUGGAAGAAGGCAACUGAAACUGCUAGAGAAAUGAUUGUAGGAGAACCUCAGGCACCUCGGCGUAGAAAACGACCACGUAGGCUAGAUCAUUGGAAUGCAGAGCCAGAGUUUCCAGAAACUGCACAGGCCCACUAUAGGAGGAUUUACUUUGAAGCUUUUGAUUUGAUCAUAUCAUGUAUCAAAGAUCGGUUUGACCAACCUGGUUACAGGACAUAUAGCAAUCUUGAAACGUUGUUGCUAAAAAGUGCUGUGAAUGCAGCAUGUGAAGAUGAAUUAAGAGCAGCUCUUGAUCUGUAUUCAGGGGAUUUCAAAUCUGAUUUGCUAAAGACACAACUAGCUAUAUUUGGUACUGACUUCAGUGGUCAUGUACAAGAGGGAUAUCCUGUCACAUUAAUGGAUGUGGUCCAAUAUUUCAAGAAACUGAGUGACGCUGAGAAAGAGCUACUGAGUGAAGUCUCAACAUUAGUUCGGUUGAUUCUUGUAAUGCCAGCUACGAAUGCAGUAAGCGAACGCUCAUUCAGUGCAAUGAGACGAAUCAAGACUUACCUUCGAAGCACAAUGAGCCAAAUCAGGCUUAAUAAUUGUAUGGUACUGCACGUUCACAAGGACCUUACUGAUGAUUUAGAUUUAGCAGAGAUUGGGAAUAGGUUCGUAGCAGGGUCUGAGCACAGGGAAUCACUAUUUGGAAAGUUUACUAAAUAAUCAUUAUUAAUUGGAGCAUUGGUCUCUUGCUUUAACGCGCACUAAAUUAAAAGCCACGCCCUUUACCGUGCGUUAGGCCGUACCACUUUUUAUUUGCUUCCUACGGGCCUGCUGCGAAGUGAUUCCCCGUACUUCAGAAAGAGUAGCGAUGCUCCCGAGUCGAUCGCUACACUCCCGACACCCAAUAAUUGUUCCCUUCUGUCCCACUCUUUCCGUCUAGUCAUCUUUUCCUCCUUCCCCUCGUUUUAAGCGUCCUCAUGUCGGUCUUAACUAUUGCUACCGUAAAUGUCAAUGGUCUUCGUAACCCGUCCAAGCGUUUUGCUCUAAAUCGCUUUCUCUGUUCUCUCCAAGUUGAU